AGGCACUGAGAGCACCAUAGUGACAAUCCAGGCUCCACAAUCUCCUUUUGAACACCAACAACAUGGGAAUCACAAAGUUACACGGAGUGGCCAUUGUGCUGACAGCAGGAAUCACAGGAGCCAUCUGGUACCAUCACCCUUUCUCCCAAGCCAGUGAUCAGAAGCCCACAGCCUCCUCUGAAGAUGUGACCAACAUGAACCAGAGCUUGUGUCAGCUUUCAAGACAAGCAGACUUAAAUGAAACAUCUUCCAUGCUUCCACGCUUAUUAUACCCUGAGCCUCUUCUGACAAAACCAAGGAGGCGAGAUGUACUGGUGUUGACACCCUGGUUGGCUCCAAUUGUGUGGGAAGGCACGUUCAAUAGAGACAUCCUGAAUGCACAGUAUAUGCAGAAGAACCUGGUCACUGGAGUGGUCACUUUUGCUGUUGAAAAAUAUGUCCAGUUCAUAAAAGGCUUCAUGAGCUCUGCCAACAAAUACUUCCUUGCUGGGCACCAGGUGAACUUCUACUUGUUCACAGACAAUCCUGAGCAGAUCUCUCACCUUCAGCUGGCCCCUGAGAAUCACCUCUUUGUCAUCCCUGUCCAGAAUCACACGCGGGGGCAGGACAUCUCCCUGAGGCGAAUGGGCAUCAUCAGCACGUACAUCCAGAGCCGAUUCCAGUACGAGGUGGACUACCUCUACUCCGUAGACAUCGAUGUGCAGCUGGUUGAACACGUUGGUGUGGAGAUCAUUGACACACUGGUGGGGACCAUCAGCUCCUGGCACUACGCCACACGGCGUGAGAGCAAACCCUACGAGCCACGCGCCGAGUCCCGCGCUGCCGUCCCUCAGGGAGAAGGAGACUUCUAUUACACAGCCAGCUUCUAUGGGGGGAGCGUGGCUGAGGUCUACAGACUGACCAGAGCCUGUUUUAAAGGCAUCCUGGAGGACAGAGGAAAUGGCAUUGAAGCUAGGUGGCAUGAUGAGAGCCACCUCAACAAGUAUCUGCUGGAGCACAAGCCCACGCGCCUGCUCUCGCCGGAGUACUGCUGGGAUGCAGAGCUGAGGCGGCCCCGCGUCAUCCAGGUGAAGAGGUUGUGCUCUGGGAGCAGGGCUGGCAGGCAGUGAGCUGCUGCAGCAGAGCAAGCAAGGAAGCAAGCAGGUCCUGAGUGUCAAGGGAGUAAAACAGACAUGCAGGUUACAGUCAUUAUCUGUUAUUGUCUUUCUGAUGCUACUGGGAAAGGCCAAGUGGAGACUUUCUCUGU